AUGGAUCUAACCGAAAACGAAGCUAAAACAAGGCGAACAACCAUAAAGGCUGCGACUACGCGACUUAAAACAUAUAUAGAAUCUGCACAAGCACAACGUGCUACGGAAUUUGACUUGGUUGAACGUAGAAAAAAACUAGCGACUUUAUUUGUGCAAUACGAUGAAGUUCAAGCGCGAAUCGAAUGUUUAAACUCUGAUGCUAACGAAGCUAUAACGGCGACUCAUGCAGAGGAUCGUUCACGAUUCGAGGAAGCAUACUUUCAGCUUAUGUCGAUAUACGAUCAGCGUAUUAACUCGAUUGAACAAACACGCGUAGCAUCUCAGACCAGUAUUGAUACUCAGACAGCACAUCAAAAUAAUUCAGAGUCAGCGCAUAUCCGAUUACCAAAAAUUCAAUUACCCAUUUUUUCCGGAUCAUAUGAAGAGUGGUAUACAUUUCAUGAUUCUUUUGAAAAACUUAUUCAUUCUAAUGCAAAUUUAUCGUCUAUUCAAAAAUUCCACUACCUAAGAUCAUCACUGAAGGAUAAAGCUGCGGAGGUGGUACGAUCCUUUGACAUAACGACAGAUAAUUACACAGAAGCAUGGCAAUUGCUGAAUGAGCGAUUCGAUAACAAGAGGCGUAUGGUUCAAACUCACAUUAAGGCAAUAUUCGAAAUUCCACCUAUAAACAAAGAGAAUUGUACAGCGUUGCGUAGUUUAAUCGAUAAUGUACUUAAACAUUUUAGGGCACUCAAGGCAUUACAGAGACCCGUGGAUACUUGGGAUGAUAUAAUGAUACACUUAGUAUUAACCAAACUCGAUUCUGUUACAGUGAAGGAAUGGGAAACAAGUCGCGCAGAUUCGACUAUACCUACAUUCAAACAAUUGACCGAUUUCCUAUCAAAACGUUGUCAAGCUCUGGAAAUCAUUUCCGGCAAAUCAAGUGGACGUACAAGUUCGGAUGUGCACAAUUCACAGAAGGCCAAGAACCCUAGCGCGCACGUAACUACCUCAAAUCUAUCAUGUAUCCAUUGCAAGAGUAAGCAUUUUAUAUUCCAGUGUGAAUCAUUUCGUAAACUCCCGGGUGAAAAACGUUUUGAGAUCGCAAAAAAUGCUCACUUUUGUAUCAAUUGUCUAAGGUCGGGAGGGCAUCAAGCUAAAAACUGCACAGCUAGUACUUGUCGUAAAUGUGGAAAGCCACAUAACACACUAUUGCAUUUUGAAACCUCGAAAGAUGAAGGGGUAAAAACAGGCAUGCCUUCGAACACUAGUAAUUCUUCUUGCAGCGUAACAGGGGCAUCUUCAACAAAUACCGCGUCUCCCAUAGUAACACAAUGCACUCAGAUUAAUGAUGCUUCCAAGGUUUUUCUCUCAACCGCCAUAGUCAGCGUAUAUGAUCGUAAGGGAGAGUUACAUGGUUGCAGAGUUUUACUUGAUAGUGGUUCUCAAUUAAACUUCAUUACUGAAGAUUUCGCAAAUCGAUUGCAUCUUAAUAGUCGUGAAUUACACAUGUCUAUUUCAGGUGUGGCAAAGGGAACAAUUGAAACAAAGGGGAUAGUUGAUGUUAGUUUCCGAUCGCGAACAAACGCAUAUGUCGACAGCAUCGAAUGUAUAGUUCUGCCUAAGAUUACCCAGAAGUUGCCGCAGGAAUUUUGUUCAAUAUCAGAAUUUACAAUUCCAUCGAAUAUAGUACUCGCAGAUCCCAAUUUCAAUAUCCCAAGCGAAAUUGACAUACUCAUAGGAGCUCAAUUAUUCUGGAAGCUCAUUUGCGUAGGACAAAUUAGGGCCUGCAAGGCGCAUCCUACUCUACAAAAAACUAAGGUAGGAUGGGUGAUUUCCGGCAAGACUGAUGGAUCUUCAGAUAAGAAAAUAGAGGCAGUGUGUCAUCUUAGUGCAAUCAAUAGGCUAAACGAGGCUAUUGUGAAGUUUUGGGAAGUUGAGCACGAUACUUCUUCCAACAAAAUGUCUCAUUAUAAUCCCAAUGAACAAAUUUGUGAAUCGCAUUUUAAUCAAAAUGUUCGUCGUGACACCGAAGGUCGUUUCAUAGUCAAAUUACCUACAAUUGAUGAAAAAUUACAGCAGUUAGGAGAUUCAAGGGAAAUCGCAAAACGUCGUUUUCUUAAUUUAGAAAAGCGUUUAUCAACGCAGCCAUUGGUGUAUUCACAGUGUGACGGGGGUGGCCGGGAGGGUGCGGCCGGAAGUGGCCGCAUUCCUCGCAUUCCGGUGUGA